AUGGAGCUUACCAUUGGGAGCAAGAUGGUGCCUAUGGUUUUCUUCAUCGUCAAUGUUCAAGGUAUAUCGGCUUUUGUUGCUUUAGUCGAUGCUUCAGUAGAUUGGCAACAUAUAAAUGUACAAUGUUUAUCUGGUCAAGACCUUUCUAGCUAUGAUUCUGUAGUGUUACUAGGGAUGGUAACAGUCGUGUUCAGCGAGCCCAAGGCGCUGCUCCGCUACUGCGGUGAGGAGGUGAUGCAGACCCUGGACCCCAAGACAGGCAACCCUGCGCCCUGCGGGAUCUGCUUGGACGGCCUGGCGAGCUCGAGCAGGACGGCGCCGGUGAACUUUCCGUGCAGCCACGCGUUCCACUCACAGUGCAUCACCAAGUGGCUCUUCAAAGGGACGGCCUGCCCGCUGUGCCGGCACGACCUCAGGGGCCUCGUCGCCUCGCCGGGCACGCGGCCAUGGGAGGGACUUGGCGGCACGCCGGGCACGCGGCCAUAA